AGAAUGGAAGAUAAAAAGAAACAUGGGGGGAAGUAGUAGCAGCUUCCACUACCGUGGGAAAAGUUGCAGCAGGAUUGCCAGUCUGUCACCGUCAUCACUGUAAAGAAAGAAAGAAGGCGAGGAAUGUAGAGGAAGAAGGAGGGAAUACAUGCUUGUUUUGGUCAUCCAAUUCAUCUUUGCCAAUCGUCUCCAUCAUCUCGCGUUGGGGAGUAGGGGAAGAAGACUGAGUAGUUGGAACCUUCCAAGAAAAACUUGGUUAUCUGUAUUUAAUUAUAAAAAAAAAGUAGUUUAUUUAUUUGUUACAUAAGUCCUUGUAUUUUUAUCAGUGUAGAAAUAAUUUUUUUUUCUUACACAUACAUCCUUUUUUAAAAUUAAAAUUGAAGAACAAAAAAUAGUAUUUUAAGCCAAAAGCUCACCACUUUACAUGGCACGAUCUAGCCCGCCUGGCCACUACCUUUGGUCGCAUUGUCUUCCUGACAACAAUGCUUUUGAGCAUCUUGAAAUAAAAAUGGUUGUACAUUUCCUCCACCCAAAUGUGAUAAUUUGUUCCUCUUGAGGAUGUUUUUUUCUGGGGUGUAUCUGGUUUUAUCUUUUUCUGCUUUAGGGGAGAUUUCUAAUAUGAUUCUUCUACAUUUCUUUCUCCUGUCACAUAUAAUUUAUAUGUAGAUCACAGUGGGGAGAGGAUGAUAGGGAAAUUUUCUAGAAAGCCUUUCUUUCCCUGCUAGCAUUUCAUCUUUAUGUUGCAGUCCUUGAAUAGUUGAAUAUCGGAGAAAAAUCUCUUAUCAUAUAUUACUUGCAGGAAUAUGGAUUUUUCUUUUUGCAAAGAGUCAAAAGUGAAUGAUAUUUACUUUUUAAGCAUUAAAUGCUGGGAUUUCCGAGGUUUAUGUGGCCAUCCAAAAUAAAUAAAUAAAAAUUAAAAGUGAACCCCCAUUAAAUGAUUGUAUCAUUUGUUCUGUUUCAUUAAUACUAGAAAAAAAAAAUUAUGUGAAUGUUCCUGAACUUAAUGCAGUGUAAUAAAUCUUAUCACCAAUCCCUAUGGUUGGCGGUGGGUGGCCCACAAACUACUCUGAAUCUUUGAGAGUUAAGGAUGGAUUCUUCAAAUAAUGGAUCCAUCCCCAAGUGUGUAUGGCAUACACUCUUUGACUUUAAAAUUAAGUCACAACUUUAGUCUAUCAAACCAAAGUGCGGAUCAUGCCUUUUAUUUAUGAGCAGAUCAAGUUCUCUACCGGAUGGUUGAUCAUAUUUUUUAUAUUCACUAAUCUUCAGUUUUCACUGACAUUUUUGCUGAUUCCUUUAUGAUAUGCAGAAGCAUAUUCACGUGAGCAGACAUUAAUUGUUCAGAAGAUUGCGUCUGAGCACAAUGGUACUAAUUUUGUCUUUGCAGAGGAUCCUGAAGCUAAAAAGGAACUUUGGAAGGUAAGGAAGGAAGCACUGUGGGCUUGUUUCGCAAUGGAGCCUAGUUUUGAAGCAAUGAUUUCGGAUGUAUGCGUUCCUUUGUCACGGCUUGCAGAAUUGAUUUCAAGAUCUAAGCAGGAGCUUGAUGCAUCGCCAUUGGUGUGUACUGUUGUUGCUCAUGCUGGUGAUGGGAACUUCCAUACAUUGAUCCUUUUUGACCCCAAUAAUGAAGAACACAGGCAAGAAGCAGAGAGACUAAACCAUUUCAUGGUCCAUACAGCCUUAUCAAUGGAAGGGACAUGUACAGGGGAACAUGGUGUCGGCACUGGGAAAAUGAAGUACCUUGAGAAGGAACUUGGAAUAGAGGCCUUGAGGACAAUGAAAAGAAUAAAGGCAGUCUUGGAUCCAAACAAUAUCAUGAAUCCAGGAAAAUUGAUUCCUCCUCACGUUUGUUUCUAAGCUAUAUACAUCUUUAGAUUGCAGAAACUGUAUGCCCUCCUAUUUUAGGAGAGAAGUCUGAAAAAAUUGUAAUCCAUACUUCAUAUUGUGGAUAAUAAUGAAAAGCAUGUGAGCUUAGCUUUUUUACUUCGAUUA